GUGGAUUCGAUAAAAUACGACUAAGUAGAUUGGAUAGAGUGUCAAAAAUUUUUCGUUUAUGGGGAUGAAUUGUUAGUCUGAUGGAGAAAGAUAAAAUGACAGGCCAAGAGAGUGCGGUAAAGAGGGAGACUAGGAGAGUGUCGUUUACAAACCAAAGGGGUGGGGGACGAACAGUAUGUAUUUCGAAGAGAGAAACGGAUCAUGUACAUUCUUGGCAAAUCUUUUUAUCGAACUUCAGACGCGUAGACGAGUUUAUCAGAUGUGAGAUUGCAUCAAAGUUGUGCAUCAUCACUUUUUGUGCCGCGAAUAUUGCAGUGCCUUUUGUUGCCGCGAAAACGUCAUUCGUAAACCACGACAGAUGCGUGAAUGGAGAAAAGUGCUUUUGUGUACGGGGAAGCAUGCGGACUAUCGUGAAACGAAAUGUGGAGUCAAUAGCCAUUCUGGAAAUUAUCAACGGUCUGUGACAAUGCGGGAGAAGAAAGGAGGUGCUCUUAGCAGAGUACAAAAGCUGAAAAAAAGGCUUAGCCACAGCUUUGGAAGACUUUCAAUAUCAAAAGAAGAGGCUGAUGAUGCUGCAAAUAGAGGUCAACUGCCAUAUAAUGGCUAUUCCGAGGAGUUCCUAGACCGUUUAGAACCAAACGGCAAUAUACCUGCAGAUAAAGAUCGUCGUUACGAAUGGACAGGUGUGGGCGACCAUGAGAGAGUGCAUCGGCAGCUUUCCGUUUCUAGUGAUUCCAAGCUUCUUGAUGAGGAUAUACGAGAAGAAGCAAGAGUAAUCUUACGACCUCGGCGUCCACCGCGACCUAAAUCAGAGGUCUUCCUUGGGCCAGAUCCACCUCCUAGAAGAACCAAGAGAUUUUCAGCAUUUGGGGGAGAUUCCCCUUUUGGUAAAUCUGAAGCUUAUAUAAAAUUGGAACAAUUAGGGGAAGGAUCAUAUGCCACAGUGUUCAAAGGCUAUAGUCAUCUUACAAAUCAAAUGGUGGCACUUAAAGAAAUUAGAUUACAAGAGGAAGAAGGUGCUCCAUUUACUGCCAUUCGUGAGGCAAGCCUUCUUAAAGAAUUGAAGCAUAGCAAUAUCGUUACUUUACACGAUAUAAUUCAUACGCGUGAGACUCUUACUUUCGUUUUUGAAUAUGUUCAUACUGAUCUAUCACAAUAUAUGGAAAGGUAUGGGAGCGGUAAUGGUGGUUUAGAUCCACGAAAUGUUAAACUAUUUUUAUUUCAAUUAUUAAGAGGAUUGGCAUACUGUCACCGCAGGAGAGUAUUACAUAGAGAUGUAAAACCACAAAAUUUGUUAAUCAGUGAAAUAGGCGAACUUAAAUUAGCAGAUUUUGGUUUAGCAAGAGCUAAAUCUGUACCAUCACAUACAUAUUCACAUGAAGUUGUGACAUUAUGGUACAGGCCACCUGAUGUUCUUUUGGGUUCCACAGAGUAUUCUACCUCGCUUGAUAUGUGGGGAGUAGGUUGCAUAUUUAUGGAGAUGUUGACUGGUGAACCAACAUUCCCAGGUGUACGCUGUACGUACGACCAACUUGAUAAAAUAUUCAAAGUAUUGGGUACUCCUACUGAAGAAACUUGGCCUGGUGUUACACAUCUGCCAGGAUAUAAACCGCAUAGACUGGGAUUCUAUCCUCCACGAAAAUUGGGUCUUUCGUUUCCUAGACUUUAUGAUAUUGCUGAAGGUGAUAGUAUGGCAUCAUCACUUUUACAAUUAAAUCCUGACCAACGGAUAGGAGCUGAAGAAGCAUUAAGGCAUCCUUAUUUUGCCUCUCUUCCUAGAAAACUAUAUGAAUUGCCUGAUGAAGUAUCGAUAUUUAGUGUUGAAGGUUGUCAUUUGUAUACAAAUUCGAGGCACGGGUGUGCAGAUUCGCGUCACACAACUCUUAAGACUUGAAGUUAAAAUUAAAUAUAAAGAAAAAAGUAAAUAAUAAGUAAUUCCCAAAUUCACAUGUUCAGUGAAACGUUCAUUCUCAUACAGAUUAGAUUUACAUUGGCAUUAUUGCCUUAACUCACAUAUACAUUAUUUCUAUGCGCGUCAAUCGCUCUUUCUCAGGGCUGCUCUAUAAAUUCCACUCAUUCUUCACAAUACAUACAUAUACAAACACAAAUACAAGCAUAUACAUAAUUGCGAUAUUUUUGGUUUUCUUUCUUUUUUUUCCAAAACUAGUAUAUACAUAUAUCAAAUGAAUUAACGAAGAUAAAUUAUUAACUGGCAAAGAAAAUACGAAAGUAAGCUAUCUGUGGCUAAAUGAAGUAAAACAAUUUUGAGAUUCGCACGCUCGAUUUAGAAAGCAAAAGCACGCACGACCCAUCCUCGCACUUCGUCCAAAUAUUAGAUUUAGAUUGAUACCAAUCAAAAAAGAAUACUACACCGCCUUGUGGUUCUUGAUCCCAGUCUGAAUGAAGUCUGGAAAUGGCGGUUGCUGUUUAGAAAAGAUAUAAUAAAAUAAUUAUAACUUAGAAAAAUUCUGGAAGACCUGUAAUACUUCAUAUAAAUUUUAUGCUGUUUUUGACUUUAUUGUUGGUUACUGAGACAAUUGAAUAUAUUGGUAUGUAACAAAAAAAUGAUUGUUCGAAUUAAAACUAGUUGUUAAUUAUAUGACGUGAUGAUAGGAAUAAAUAAUAGAAUUCUAAGAGAAAAAAAUACCAAUACGAAUCAAAUGUCAUAGCUACCAACAUUAUGAAAUAUGGCAAGACUAACGAAAAAAUCUUAUCGUUGAUAUUAUCAACGAUAGUGAUCUAGUUGUAAGAAUUAAUAUUAGCAUGCUAGUGUCGAUCGAAGUUCAUUAUCGACAUUUACAAAGUAGUAUCUAUCAAUGAUAGUAAAUCAAGAAUGAAGUAAUAAUUAUAGACGUAAUCAAAUCCAAUUUGUUCAAUCGCUCAUACAUUAAACAACUAAUGGUGCUUGAACGAAUUGUAGGAAUAAAAUGUUAUUAAAUUGGUAUUAGUUAUUUAGAAUGAAUUGUUCGGCCAAUAUCGUUUCUAAGUGGUUUUUAAAAAUCAUAUAUCUCUAAACGAACCAACUUUAAUAACGUUGCAAUAGUAAUAUAAGAUAAUGUAAAAUAGUGUUACAGUCCUUCCGAGUUUUCUCUAAGCUACGAUGAUUAUUACGAUAAAAUAUUAAUCCUUUAGUAUUUACAUUUAUACCAAUUUUUCAGCACACUUAUAAAAAUAUCAACGAGGCGAAAAAAAAAUUUUAAAAAUAUUUCGAAAAAAUUUGGGACAUGUUAUUACUAUUAUUACUUAUUAAAGAUUAUUUGAAAAAAGACGCGCAGAAGGUAGAUUGUAUAUAGAACACCAGGUUCGUAUUAUUGAUGACGCUGAGAUAGCUGAGCUGAGACUAAUAAAUGUGACUUUAUAAUAAAUUAAAGCGUAGUUCGGUACACUUGAGACCUACCUGUUCUUUGUUAGGUUUUCCAUGUGCAAAUUACAGGAACAUUUAUAUUGUUAAGUAUAAUAUAAUGCAAAGCCUUAUAUCUGUAAUACUUGUUCUGCUUAAGUAUUGAUUUUAUACACAUUUAUUUCUUUAUAAUUAUAUUUUAUUUGUAAUUUUUCUAAGAAAUCAUUGAGGUAUUCGAAUUGCUUCAAACUUGUAUUAAGAAAGAUAAAGAACUAUGUUUUUGAAGUA